UGCAAAAACAGUACAAGUGUUGGCUUCCUCUCGCAGACCUAUCUGCAGGCCAUAGAGGCUGACACUAUACUUGUUCCCAUUCUCGAGUACAACAAAACUAACUAUAAUAUCCUUUUAUUGCAUUUGCUAUUUAUCAAAGAUUUAAGUAGUAUAAAAAUUAGAUAUUUUAAGUAUUUUUUUCAAGUUCAUUAUUAUUUGUUUUUAUUAAAAAUAACUGUAAUGUCAUAUUCAUAUAGAUUUGCAUAAUUUUUAUUUAUAUUAAAAUAAUAUGUUACAUAAUUUUUGAAGCAUUUCUAGCUGAAUGUGAGUUGGAAGCAAAUCUUAGAUCCUCAUUUCAAAUACUGAAAACAGAAAUUGAAAAGGGAAAAGUGAAUGCUAAAUCUAUGAAAUGAAAUUGUGUAUCCUGAGUUAAGAAUUCAGUAACAAUAAAUGAAUCUCUCUAGGCAGGCUAAAUAUGAAUAGAUUAAAAUCAACCUUUUUAUGCCUAUACCUUUAUUUCCUUUUUGAAAUUGUGAACUUUAACCCUAGCUACUAAGAUGUAAAGAUGACAUAGAAGCACAAAACUGUCUGGAAGCUGUUCUGAAAUAUUCUGUAUUUCAUACUGAAAAAGAACUCAAGGAUCAGCUUAAAACUCUAGAGUCUUCUGUGACUGGGACACAAAUAUUCAUUUUUAACCUAAACACGUAAGAUAUCAUUAACUUUACUGUAUUUGUAUGCAAGUGAACUACAAAAAAAUUUAUCUAUGUUAUAUUAUUAAAAAAGAUAUGAGUUUAAAUUCAGUACUAUUUUUUUGUGUAAAAAUUUAUUAAGGAAUUUUCAAGAUCGUCCAGUUUAUUUCCCCCCCAAAAAGUUUUGAAAGUUUCUAUAGGGAAGGUCAUAAUCAAUCUCUAAUUUUUUACUUACCCGAAUCAUCAAACCAUCUCAAUAAGAGAGCAAAGCACUUUAAUUUAGUUAAUUGUAUAAAGCCUUUUAGUAUAUGUAUAACCUUUAUUAUUCUUUUUUUAAAGUACCGUAUCAAAGAAAAUUUAUCAUUGGAAAAACUUCAUAUUGAUACUUCAGGUUGAGGGGAAGUAAAAGAGGGGAUAAAAAUAUUACAUACUUGAAAGCUUGCCUGAAUUGGGUUAUUCAAGUACACAUACAUUUGGGCAACUUAAAUUUUCAAAUUCAAAUGUGUUUCUGUUGAUUCAUACAAAAUUAAUAUAAACAAAAAGAGUUUCUUCUGAUGGUUCCAUUGCACAAAAUUAAAUUGUUCGUCUUAAUAUCUAUUUAUAUUCUGAAAUAAAUUUAUUCUCAAUAAUUGAUAGAAAAUCUCCAAAAAUUUUUGUGGUCACAUGCAUGUUUUAUCUUUUUAAUGUACACUAUUUACUAACCUCAAAGGUCACAGGAUGGUAUGUUAGAGCUGGACCUUGUCAGUGACCCAACUGAUAUUCGAUGUCCAGAGACUGUGACCUAUGACAUGGCCAUGACUGCACGACCUGUAGUACAGAAACCUUCAGACUACAGGAGAUCUUUAAGAGUUAGUGUUAUCAUUUAUUUAGAAAAAAAAUGUUCUUAUUGAACAGUUUAAAUUGCUCUAAUGUUUUUAAGCUUAUGUAUGCAGUAAAUAUGUCAGUUUCAGUGCCUGACUAUGCAUCCCGAAUUAGAUAUUAUUCAAUGUUUUGAAAAAUUUGAUGUUUUAUAAUGUGAUCUUUUUGCUAUCAGGUGUACACAAGUAUUUUGUAUCUAAUUCCAAGGAUGAAACUAAUACUUAGGGGAAAGCCAG